AAAUCUUCUCAGAUAUACUCAGCUAAACUUAAUCUCCUGUCAACAUGUCCUAUAGCUGCUUCUCUGGGAACUUCUCCUCCCACUCCCUUGGAAGCUACUUGCCCCACCCAGGCUCCUCCUGUGGCUCUUCCUUCCCCAGCAAUCUGAUCUACUGCACUUACCUCUGCUCUCCCACCACCUGCCAGCUGGGAUCCUCUCUCUACAGUGGCUGUCAGGAGACCUGCUGUGAGCCCACCAGCUCCCAGGUGCCCUGUGUGGUGUCCAGCCCCUGCCAGACGUCCUGCUACCGCCCGAGGAUCUCCACCUUCUGCAGUCCCUGCCAGACGACCUAUGCUAGGUCUCUGGGCUUUGGAUCAAGGAGCAGCUACUCCCUGGGUUGUGGAUCCAGCAGCUUCAGAUCCCUGAAUUAUGGCAUCUGUGGCUUUCCUUGCCUGAGUUAUAGACCCAGAUUUUGCCAUCCACCAUACCUGGCUUCUAGUCCCUGCCAAUAUUCUUGUUACAGACCAACCUGUGGAUCUCACUUCUAUCAAUCCACUUGCUAA